AGUGCACUUGCACCAAAAAGAUGGACAAACAAUUGUUUUAUUUACUAUUUUUCAAAAAUUAACAAACAGACAUAUAAUUUAGACAGUAGAAAAUAUUUGAUGGCAUUUAACAACUAAUUCAUAUUUUGAUUUAGUAAGCAUAAACUCCCAAUUCUCAUUAAUUUCGUAUAAAAAACAUAAUUUUGAGACAAUUGCUCCAUAAAGAAAUAAUAGGAUCACUGUUUCAAUUUACUUAAAUCAGACAAUUUCAUUUCAACAAUGAUAAGUACUGACGAUUACAGUGAAAUUACAAUUAAAGAAGAAACAUUCAACGAUGGCACAAACAUCGGUCUGGAAUAUUAUGAACAUCAAAAUCCUACAUUCUAUGCACCACUUGCCGAAGAAGUUAAAACGGAAAUGGAGGACAACUAUCAAAAUCAUGAAUUGACGGACCAAUGUGUUUACAUUAUUAACGAAGUAGACGAUGAGUCUAUUGAUAAACACAAUGGACCCGCCCAACAAUCAGAUCUAAGCCUUUGGAAGAAAAACAACAGAAAUUUCAUGAGACACAGAAGUGAAGAUCAUGUUGAACGAGACGGCAAACUCUUUGACCGUCCGCAACUCUUCCCAGCUCCAUGCAGGGAAAAAGACAGCCACACAUCUUGUGCUUCUAUAAGUGAACAAGAACGCGAGUGGAUAUACAAAAAGUUUGCAGAACUGGAUUCCUACGAACUUAAAAAACAAUAUAUUGCAAAUCACGUAACGAAAUGUGAUAAAAAGCGCACAACCAAAAAAUUAGACAGCAGCAGAAGGAGCUAUACCUUCUCCUACUCCCUGACUAUUUCAAGUAAUAUUAAGAUUAACGUUUGUCGUGAGUUUUUCUUAACCACAAUUAAUGAAUCGGAUCAUACGAUAAAAAAGGCUUUCUUUGAGUCUGAACUCGGUUAUACUGAACUUGACAAAAUCUCUAAAAAACCCUUAGAAUCGAAUCCACAACUUUGGAAAAAAAACAUCCGAACGAGGAAUAGACUCAGAGGUGUAGAGUAUGUUGGAAGUGAUGGUAAAUUACGUAAAAGUCGACCACUUCUUCCAGUACCGUGCAGGGGAAAACUAAACCACAGAGAAUGUGACAGUUUCAGUGAAGAUGAACGCAAGUUGAUCUACAAAAAUUUUAGACAAAUGAAUACAUAUGACCAACAAAAACAGUAUAUUGUCGACCAUGUAGAAAAAACUGAGAAAAAUAGAACAACGACAAAAUUGGAAAACAGCAGAAGAGCAUUUACUUAUCAUUACUAUUUGUCUAAAGUCAAUGAUGACAAUAAUAAAGUACAUGUUUGUAACGAAUUUUUCUUAGCUACACUCAAUGUAACGGAUUCAAUGGUUAGAAGCUGUGUCACUAAUUCUCAUCUCGGUGUUGCUAAACCUGAUAAUCGUGGUCGUCAUCCACCACAUAACAAAAAAAAGACCGCUAAGUCAUAAAUGAGCACAUUUAAAAUUAUUCCGCCCAUAAAUGCUGCAAAGGGAUAUCAGAAAAUAUGUUUUUGUAAAAAAUUGGACAUUACUUGUAUGUAUCGAGACCGAGAGUAUAAACAUUAGGGUGGUCCUUGGGAAAAAAAAAUUGGGGACUCCUCCUAGAUUAAUUCCAGGCCAGGAAAGAUUAGAUAUAAAAAUUUCAAUAAAUUAGGGUUUUUUUCCCUGAUUUGGAACCAAUCUAGAGGGCGUCGCACUCAAUUUUCGCAAAAAAGUAAAAUAAGGAUCACUCUAAUAAACACAAAUGUGAAAAAGAAGGAUGGGAUCCAAUAUCGCUGGAAAUUGGAAACGUGAUGACGAAAACCUAUUGCCUAGACGGAUUCCACAUUCAAACUGACUAUGAAAUGGAGGAAGUUUUGUUUGUAUGAUGAUAGAUAGACAAUACUUAUAACAUUGUUUCUAAAUGUUAAACAUGAAAAUAAAAUACUUUUCUUUAGUUUCUUUUAUGCUCCUUUUGAAUUAAGUUUUUGUUUUUAAUAGAUGAAUGAGCUUAGGAGUAAAAUGCACAAGUCGUAUUCGUCCUGAGUACUGUUGUUCUUAAAGCUACUGCUACUUGAUUUUCAUUUUUUAGUCAUAUUUUCACCAGGAACAGGUACGCCAAAUAAAUGCAAAAAAUAUGUUUGCAUUAAAAUUGAAAUUCUUUCAUUCAACACUAUGUAUGGGGAUUUCCAAAGAGUGCUUCUUUGAUAUUCUUUGCCAUUGAGCACUUGAUGUAUGGGUGGAUGUUUUGGAAGGAAGUGGAUAUCGCAUUAGCGCGAAAAAGACAGAAUAUCUAUGCUUUUUAUUUUCUGACCCAGACGGCCAUAUUUCGGACAUCUACCUGAAUGGAACAAUUCUUCCCAAGUGUGAAAAGUUCAAAUAUCUUGGAUUUAUGGUCAACAACAAGGCUAUUUGUGAUGACUUCAUCAUAAUUUUAGGGUGGAUGAAGUGGCGAGAAAACUCUGCCAUCUUUUGUGAUCGAAAAAUGCCCCCUAAACUGAAA